CCUGUGAACACUCUUCAUGGAAAAGUUUGUGGACCUAAACAACAGUACGUCAUAGUACGAAAUGGAGCGCUAGGAAAUUAAUGCUUUAUUGUACAUUAUCCUUUAGCUGUUGCUAUGAUACUAACAUUAAAAAGUAUAUGGCAAAUGUAAAUAAAUAUUGUGCUGACAUAUAAUAAGAUGGCGGCUGAAUCGCCACGUAAAGCUGUGAAAUAUAAUUGCUGCAUCGUGAGACCUCAGCCAUACAGGUACAGUGAUAAGUCGGUGGUUGAAAGUGUUGUCGAUUUUUUUUCGGAUGUUGUCCCGCAGGCAUACAGCAGUGGACCCAAGACUGAAGAGAGAGAAAAAGUGCUAUGGGUAAAGUUUGAGAAGUGCGAUGUAAAUGAUAUUUGCAGUAACCCCAACCUGAGCAUAUCUGACCAUACUGGGUUCCCUAUACUUGUGGUGCUUGGAUAUAGCAAUGGUGUGCAGAUCUGGCACAUCACAUACCAAGGAGAAGCAAUGGAGGUACUUUCACUUCGCCAGGGCCCUAUCUGUGUGCUGAAGAUGUUGCCAACACCAGCCCCUGAUGUGGAUGCAUUCACAGGGAAACGACCACUUGUUGCAGUAUGUGACUCAUCUAGUGCUGGUCAACCAUUUUGCUGCGUCAAGUUUGUGUCCCUGCGAUCAGGAGAUGAGGUUCACAGUGUGUCAUUCAAAACACUUCAAGUCCAUUCUAUAGAGGCAAAUAAAAGGUAUCUGGUUAUGGUUUUUCAAGAGAAGCUGGCAGUCUUUGAUGCCUGUCGUCUGAAGCAGCUUUUUCAGAUCAAUGGUUGUUACCCAUGUCCGGGAAUCAAUGUAAAUCCAAUUGCUCUUGGCUCCCGCUGGCUGGCAUAUGCUGACAAACGGCUAGUACCUGUGCAUCAGUCAAGCGGUGGGAUGUCAGGGGAUGGGUCCCAGUCUUAUGCCGCCACAGUCAUUAGUGCAGCCAAAGGUGCUUUUAAAGGGCUGACAAUGUUUGGAGAGGCCAUGGUUCACAGUGUGACUGGAUCAAAACCUGCGCAGAGUCCUAAAAAGCAGGAGCUGGCUCCUCCAGAUGAGAAUGGUUAUCGCCCCGGCAUUGUCUCUGUUGUGGAUCUUAAAACAGUAUCCACUGAUCAUUUUAGUGUGAGUGAAGACCCAGAAAUAGAAGGCCUUAUUGCCCAUUUCCAUGCCCAUGCAAAUGAGCCUGUGGCUGCCAUGGCCUUUGACCCGAGUAGCACUCUGUUACUGACAGCAUGCAAGCUGGGGCAUAAUUUUCACGUGUUUCGGUUGAUGGCACAUCCAUGUAGUUCUUCUCUUGGAGCUGUGCAUCACUUGUACACCCUGCAUAGAGGAGAUACCACUGCUAAGGUCAUGGAUGUGACUUUUACAAAUGAUAGCCGCUGGGUUGCUGUGAGCACACACCGUGGAACAACCCACGUUUUUCCCAUUACACCUUAUGGAGGACCUGUCACAGUACGAACUCACUGUCAGGCCAGAGUAGUAAAUCGCGCAAGCCGCUUCCAUAAAAGUGCAGGUUUGGAUGAACUGGAUCAAGGAGCAGCUGGUCGCCAGUCACCGGUUCUUUCUAGCAGUCCAGGAUCUUCAGGUCCCCAUGACCACUACCCAAGCCUGAUUCGCCAAAAUGCUUUGAACAACAACAUGGGCAACCCCCGCCUUCCCCCGUUUCCACACCCCACCACCAUCUACCCACUGUCUCAGAUCAAACAGCAGAUCCUGAUUGCUGGGCUGGGUGCUGGCAUCAGUAGUGCUGCAAGUUCACGACCUCAGUCACCACCCCACAGUGCAUCAGCAGUUGACAAUGUUUUCAGUGUGGCGGCCUGCUUUGCGGCCCCUCGGUUAUGGAUCACAUCAUCUUCCCUCAAUAUGGACAGGCAGGGAGGUAAGAAGUUGUGGUCAGAAGGCCUCUUUGUGGUCAGCCAGAAUGGCACAGUCACACAGUACCUGUUGGAGCCUCGCCCACGAGCAGGUGCAACAGAGAAAGUGAAUGAAGACAUGGCACUGGACUUGGGGGUGACAGGGCAGCUCCAGUGGACACUUAACCGGCCUAAAUCAUCACCAGAAGUGAAACCUCCACUGCCAUUGAACAGUCCCCUUAUCCAGGCCACUGAUGCAGUCUUGACACAGCAGCUGACACCACUUGCUGAUGGUGCUGAACCUGCGAUGGUCACACGGUAUGACUCUCGGGAUAGCCUCUCUGACCAUAGCAGUCGAGAUGAAAUUGAUGAACAUUGGUUGUCACAGGUGGAGAUAAUCACCCAUGCUGGCCCUCAUCGCCGGUUAUGGAUGGGCCCACAGUUUGUGUUUAAGACAUAUCAGAACACACAGAACACAACUGUCUUGUCGUCCUCCUCUCCUUCUCUGCUUUCACAGUCACCUGAGACCCAGGUGUCAACCAUGGACAUAAUUGCUGACCAGUGUGACCUGGAGAGUCUCAGACUUCACCCACCACGUUCCAGUCCAAUGGCAAUGCCAGUGGCACGGCCUGCCUACCGUCGAUCUUCAGGGUCUGAAUACACACCCUCACCUGGCCGCUCUGCAGCUGCUGCACCUUUGCUGAUUGAAGCAGGCAGUUUUGACCAGUCCCCUAAUCUGAACGAUGUCAUGUGUGGCUUUGCCGAGUCCAGUUUGAUGCGCCAUCCACGUAGCAGCGAAGAGGAUGAUGACAGACUUCGGCAGACGCUAGCUGAUGCAAUGGCAGAAUCCCCUAUCGGGGAAGGGGGACCAACAAGCACACGACUUGAAGACGUGUUUCACGGGAGUAACGAGACACUCAGCACCAGCUCCGGCUCCAGCAACAGCGCUCUCAACCAAGGUCAUCGCUCGUCUGACAUCGACAUCGUCUUCCCUAGCGUCACGGAAGGCUCGCCCGACCUGCUGGGGUGACUUCAUCUCACCUCCCUACCCACGUCCUUGGCGCAUGUCACCUGACACGGCACAUGCUUGCUGGCUCCGACCUCCAGGUUACUGGUGACAACCUGACCCCGUGGACGAGCGACCUUCAUCGUCACAAUUUGAUAUCAAAACGUUGUUCUCCUCCAUUUUUUUUCGCUUAUCCUCGUUACGCAGAUGAUUGGUAACGGAGUUGUAUUAUCUGCCUGCCUAGGAGACUUUUCCCUCUGAUCCACUCUUCAUGUAUAUAUAUAAAACUCUGCGUUGCGUAGAUGCAUAGAGUCUCGAACUCUUGCGAAUCCUCGUGAAGUCUCGCAGAAGAGGACUUUGCAUCUUCGUGUCGGUGUUAUCGCUGUCAAUUUCUUUCUCGGGUUUUGCUUUAAAACAGAAAAACAAUCUAGUCUUCUUAAGGACCGUGCCUCUCCGCAGUUUGAAAUUGGAAUCCGCACAGCUUCCGCUUUAUAGUUUCUCGUCAGCGAUUCGGAUAAGAGUGACCCGUGUAUUGUGAUGUGAGGUGUGAUGGAACAGGACGGUAGUGAACUCCAGCCUUAUUUCCAGAUUAACCGGAAAUAGCUGUUUACACCAGUCUGCGUUGCGUAUGUCGAGGACUAAGUUUCGCAUUUUUUUUCUGAAUUUCUUUUGAUGUGGACUGAGGUGCGGUGAUCUUGCCACUGAGAUUGCAGGGGGAUGAAGGGAUGGGGGAUGAUCGAGUCCCAUGGAUUGUUGGGAUAUCUUUCUAGCAAGGUUAGCAACUGGGUGCAGGGGAAUUCUGAGCAACUUUACCAGUGCUUUGUACAACUGUUUGUUCUGUGAUCAGCUUUCGCCGCCAUGCUGUGUUAGGAAUUGUCCAACGCAAAAGGGUUUUGGAUCAUGUGUGGUGGGGGAUACACAGCUGAUCUCUCUGAGCCCGAGCUCUAUCUGCUGCGUUAAUCACGUGGUCCCAUGUGUAAAACAAAUGUUUGUAAAAGUUACUUUGCUGUAUAGUACUUAAAAAAAUUGUGCGUCAGUUUGCGUUCUUUCUCUCCGAUGUCUUGUCAUUGUGCGCACCAUCUGUUUUUCCUCGUUGAACACACCCGUAUUUCAACUGUUUCAGGGUGUUGGGGGAUGGUCGUGGGGGUCGGGGUCGCAGUUACAUUCGACAGCUUGCGACACACCAUUACGCGCGCACGAGCACACACUAUAUAUAUUAUGAAAAAAAAUAAGCAUCGGUGACCAAAAGGAGAUGUUGAUCAGGGGCUUAUGCAUCCAGCUUUACGCAUUAAAUAUAUAUGUAUGAAUAUACUAUUCUUUACAAGUAUUGUUGUUGACCUUUUGGAUACAUAUGAUGAGACGAGUCAGGCGUGUGUGUGCAUGCGCGUGAGAGAGAGAGAAUCCCCUUCAUCAGUGUAUUCUUAGAUUUUUCCUUAUUUUGCUGUAAACUGGUAAAGCUCAUAUCGUCGAAUUCUGACAUACCACGUGGCAUUUUCCAGAAGAACGAGAGAGAACAGUGGACAUGUAAAGUCCUGCUGUCCGACAGGCGACUUUCUUUUUCCAACCGUGUUGGGCGACUUAGUAAUACCUAUACAGUUAGGGACAAUUAUACAAAUAUGGACUCUUUCAUAGACAAGGGGUGCAUGGCUCUUUUUUUUCUUUCUUUUGAAGCCAGACUAGAACAGUGUCAAAAUUUUUUUAAGCCUUUGGUUCGGUUCUCGUUACAGAUAUAAUAUUUUAAAAGUAAAGGUCUCAGUUUUGUUUGUUCUAGAUAUAUAUGGUGUGUGUGUGUGUAGACAUUUAGGCUUAAUACAUAAAAUGAGGGUUUGGGUUAGGGUUUUGGUUAGUGCAAGGCUGCAACAGGUCCAGGGUUUGAUUUCGGGCUGAUUAGAGCACGUGUCGCCCAACUCGGUGGGAAAGGUAAGGUCACGUGCGACGGGCUCGGGACUGUCGUGUUUUCGCUUACAAAUGUCCAUUUUGACAAUAUUAAGUAGACAGCCAUAGAAGGAUAUCCGAUAGCCUGUGAUUUUCUUUUAUAUAACUAGCACGUGAUGACUUUUGUAGCACGUGGCAGACCCCAACAUUCCAGUUCUUUUCUGGAAGAAUUUUUUUUUCCAUUUCGGAAAAUAAUUAUGUUACAUGGUCCUCUGGAAAUAUGGUCUCUCGUCCGCAGCAUCGAUUUAGUGACCAACCUCUCCGCUUUAGUGAUGAUUUUUUUUUUCUUUUGAAUCUUUGGGGCAUUACAGUUUCUUUUAUCAUCAAAUGCAUGUAUUAUUUUUUGUCAUUAUUUUGAUAACUAAGUCGAUUUCUUCCUACUGUUCCAUUUCAAGUCUGGAGCCCUGAGGCAGACGAAGAACAGGAACAACAGUACUUUUUUUUUAUGUCGGGUUACUUGUUAACAUGGAGUAUUUCAAUAAACUUCGGUGUUAAAAGUUAAUAAACAAUUUCUGUGUAUGUA